CUGGUAUGUGUGUUGCGGUUCACUCUUGUAAUCCUCUUUACACAAGCUGACAAUGUUACUAUCGCAGGUCUGGGCAAGACAAUGGCUCUCGCUCUCGCUAGCAAUGGAGCCAGCAGAGUCUAUAUCCUGGGCCGCCACAAAGACACCCUCGAAGAUACAGCCGACAUGCAUCCCGGUGUUAUUAUCCCUAUCGUUGCUGAUGUAGGCUCAAAGGCCUCUCUUGCUGCCGCUGCCGAUCAGAUUCAUACUGAAACCGGAUACAUCAACCUGCUCGUCGCAAAUGCAGGGAUGCUUUAUAUGGACUCACCAGAAGCCAUCAGCGUAAAGGUCGGUCGCACUUUACAGGAGAAUGCGACCCCUGAUGAGUUGGAAUCUUUCCUCAUGGAUACUCCGGUCGAUGAAUUUCUAGACACGUUCCGGGUAAACACAACAGGGGUAUUCUACACCAUUGCGGCCUUUAUAUCAUUACUGGACAAGGGCAACAAGCGAGGAAAUGUCUUUCAGAAGAGUCAGGUCAUCGCUGUGAGCAGCGUUGCAGCACAUAACCGGAGAGUCGUUGGGGGCUGUGCGUAUGGAAUGAGCAAGGCAGCUGUGAUAAUGUUGAUGAGGAAGAUGAUGACAUAUUUGAUUCCUCAUGGGAUUCGAGCAAACACUAUUUCUCCUGGCCGUGAGUGUUUCCCUCUGCAUUUUGAGACGAGGUGCUAACUGAAACAGUGUUCCCAAGUAAUCUGUGUGGAAGCCCAGCCAACGAAGAGAUCUCAGUCGAAGGCGCAUUUGACCGCGAGUUCAUUCCGCUGCAAAGAGCAGGCCGGCGCGAGGAGAUUGCUGGGACUAUUUUGUAUCUGGCCAGUAAGGCAGGCGGGUACGUCAAUGGAGAUUUGCAUCUGAUUGACGGGGGGAUGGCAGGGUGCAGCAGUUGAUUCAGUUGCCGUGGGAUUCUCUUUUCUCAAGUUAUGGUGU